ACCAGCAGAGCCCGGCUUUCAACAUGGAAGUCCAGUUCACCUUGCUCUUUGCGGGGAUUUUCCUGUUUGUGGACUCAGCCAGAGGCCCACCCAGAAUUGCUGAUAAAGUGAUUCACCGGCAAUCUGUGAGAUUAGGAAGAACGAUUAAGCUCCUUUGCCCAGUGGAGGGUGAUCCCCCACCUCUUACUAUGUGGAUGAAAGAUGGCCGAACAAUCCAUAGUGGAUGGACAAGGUUUCGGGUCCUCCAGCAAGGGCUGAAAAUCAAGGAAGUAGAAAGUGAAGAUGCAGGGACAUACAUCUGCAAGGCCACCAAUGGAUUUGGCAGCAUGAGUGUGAACUAUACUCUCAUCGUGAUUGAUCCCCAACAUGGAGUUUGCCUUUUUCAUCAAUGCCAACCACCAAGGCAACAUUUUCAUCAGAACUAUCCACCACAACCCCAAGAUCUCUUUUCCUCUCAGCCUCAGCCAUUUCGGACCCUUUCAACAGAUGAUGCCGGCACUGGGAGGGAGAGUUUAGUGCCCGAAGGCCCCAACACGGACUCUGAAGAUCACUCUGGAAAGCUGUGGGCUCGACCUAGGUUCACUCAGCCUGCCAAGAUGAGGCGGAGGGUGAUUGCCCGACCAGUGGGUAGCUCAGUGCGCCUGAAAUGCGUGGCCAGUGGAAAUCCUCGGCCUGACAUCAGCUGGCUAAAAGACAACAGGCCUCUCAGCCCACAGGAAACUGGUGAGAACAAAAGGAAGAAGUGGACACUGAACCUGAAGAGCCUGAAGCCCGAAGACAGCGGGAAAUACACCUGCCGGGUCUUCAACAGAAUUGGGGAGAUCAACGCCACCUACAAAGUGGAAGUGAUCCAAAGAACAAGAUCCAAGCCCAUCCUUACAGGGACACACCCUGUGAACACAACAGUGGACUACGGAGGGACCACCUCAUUCCAGUGCAAGGUGAGGAGCGACGUGAAGCCCGUCAUCCAGUGGCUGAAGAGGGUGGAAUACGGGACCGAGAACAAGUACAACUCGACCAUCGAUGUCGGGGGACAGAAGUUUGUAGUGCUGCCCACAGGGGAGGUCUGGUCCCGUCCAGACGGCUCCUACCUGAACAAACUCAUGAUCAUGCGAGCGAAAGAGGAGGAUGCUGGGAUGUACAUCUGCCUUGGCGCAAACACCAUGGGAUACAGCUUCCGGAGUGCUUUCCUGACGGUGUUGCCAGAUCCCAAGCCGCCCAGUCCACCUGUGGCUCCUUCCUCUGCUGGCAGUCUUCCGUGGCCCGUGAUCAUUGGGAUCCCUGCCGGAGCGGUCUUCAUCUUGGGAACCGUCCUCCUGUGGCUCUGCCAAGCCAAGAAGAAGCCCUGCUCUCCGCCAGCAGCAACCCCCAUCCACAGGCUGCACCCCCGGGAACGGGUCUGCAUUGCCCAGGUCCCAGACAAAGACUGUAUGUCCUCCGUUCACUACGAGGAAUACCUCGUGCAGCAGCAGCAGCACUUGCUGUCCCCGGGGCCUGCCCUGGCCUCAGCCACGGCUUCCAAAAUGUACACAAAGACCUACACGGACAUGCACAGUCACACUCACUCCUAUGUGGAAGGCAACGUCCACCAGCACCAACACGUUCACUACCAGUGCUAAAGAGCAGCCCCUCUCCAUGCACUGCUGCAGGCGGACUGUGGUGGGUCAGCAUGCGCUGUUAAGGUAGAGAAAGAAACCAAAAAUGAAACCAAACGGGGGGAAAGGCAUUUUUGGAGACAGGUGGGGAAUGUGGGUGUUUUGCUGUUUUGUUACUGUGACAAGGAAUUAUGAAGGAACUCCCAAAGGGUAAAGGCGACGUCUUGCGUCCCUUGAGAAGUCAGAAACUCCUGGCAUGAAAGACCGAGUAGGCAGGGGAAGGAGCCCUUCCACCCCUGCCUCUCUCUUCUGGUCAACUCCUGGCAGUGCAAAUCCCAAGGGGCCUUUCUCUUUGGUUGGAGCCCCACUUCCCAGGGAAGGGAAGCAAGGAGGGACCAGAGGCCAAGUGCCACAGCAACGUCAGAGCAUUCAAAUGGCCUUCCAAAGAAGAAAAGUGCCAUAUUUGUUGGUUUCUGUGGUGAAAAAAUGUUUUUUAUUUAAAUGUUCCAGUGUUGCCUGAUAAUUAGCAAUAACGAUGCUAGUGAUGACUGAGAGUCCCCUUUUCACCAGAGGGCUUUCUUGGAAAGGGGUGAGCUCUCCCUCCUCAACUGCCAAAAAUAUAAAGGAUAUUGUACAGCUUGUUUUUAUAUUUAUAUUUAAUUAUUAUAAUGAUAAUAAUAGAACUGCUGGAUAUUUUAUGGAUCCCAUCACACUGCCCUUCCCAGAGGUAAAUGCCAGUUCAUGGUCAGUGGAGGUAAAAGCCGGCUGGGAAAGAGAAAUAAAGGGCAUCUCUAGAAAAAAAUUAAAUUGCUGAAUGUGCACCUGUGGGUGGGGGUGUGUGUGUCAGUCUGUUUUGUCAUCAUGCAAUUUCAUCUCAAUUUAGUUCCAAGGGGAAAAGCAAGCAAAGCAGGACCAUAUUAAAGACCCAACUGGACUCAACGUUAAUUCAGUCAAAAAUGUAAAAUCUUUUUAAUUCUAUAUAGAGUUUAAACAGAAGACAUGUAUAUUAAUUUAUUUUGCUAAAACAAAAAAGAGAAAAAUGUAUAAUUUCAUCAAGA